AGAUCUCUAUCUCUUAAACACAAACACACUUAUGCAAUACUAGAUUAUUAUGUAUGUUCACUCCAUGUGUAAUGUACUUGUGUGUCACUGUAAUAAUCACAACAAGCCUACAGGAAUCUCUCUGUGUUUGAUUUACUUGUUGUCUUGGAUCUCCUAAUGAUCAGAUUCACCUCAUCUCAGCUGCAUUUGUUUGAUUCUGCUUAACUCGGUCCUAUGCUUGUGUAUUCUAUGCAUUUCACCUCCAAGCUAUUGGUGUUUGAAAUCCUCAACUGAAAUGAAGCUGUUCUUCUUGCUUAAACUACAAUGCCAUAUGGUGCAUAAUCAUCAGAGCGAUUCUAUUAAUAAUUUUAGUGAUGACUUGAUAGUAGAUUGAGAUAAGUCACUUGUGGAGACCAGAUAUGAAAGACUUAGUGACAGCUGGAUCACGCCAUCGCCCACAUGUAAAGGGGCCAAAAUUGGUUGUUGUUCUAGUUUGUAUGGUCAGCAUUUUUCUGCUUACAGUCUAUACAUAUCCACCAAGUGCUUCCACAUCCUGUAACUUAUUGUCUUCAGGCGGUUGUGCUGUUGAAGAAAUUCCAGCUAUUCCUGUUAAAGAAUUAACUGAUGAAGAGACAGCAGCUCAUGUCGUAAUUAGGGAAAUUUUGCACACACCUACAAUUCAGUCAAAAAACCCAAAAAUCGCUUUCAUGUUUUUGACACCAGGACCAUUACCUUUCGAAAGGCUGUGGGAUAUGUUCUUUCAGGGACAUGAGGACAGAUUCACUGUUUAUAUACACGCCUCUAGGGAACAGCCAGUACAUGUCAGUCGUUAUUUUGCUGGUCGGAAUAUUCAUAGUGAGAAGGUUGUCUGGGGAAAAAUAUCCAUGGUAGAUGCGGAGAGGAGACUAUUAGCAAAUGCACUUAAAGAUCCAGAUAAUCAACAAUUUGUCUUGCUUUCUGAUAGUUGUGUACCAAUUCAUAAUUUUGAUUACGUGUACAACUUCCUUAUAUUUACCAACGUCAGUUUUCUUGACAGUUUUGAAGAUCCAGGUCCCCAUGGUAUUGGUAGGUACUCCGAGCAUAUGCUGCCAGAAGUUGAAAUGCAAUACUUUCGAAAAGCGUCACAGUGGUUCACUUUGAAGAGGCAGCAUGCAAUAUUAGUUACUGCUGAUUAUCUCUAUUAUACAAAAUUCAGGCUCUACUGUAGGCCGGGGAUGGAAGGAAACCGCAAUUGCUAUUCAGAUGAACAUUACUUGCCAACCCUGUUUAAGAUGUUUGAUCCUAAUGGAAUUACAAGUUGGUCGGUAACAUUUGUAGAUUGGUCCGAAAUGAAAUGGCACCCAAGGUCAUUUCGGGCUCAAGAUGUCACAUUUGAGCUUCUAAAGACCAUGACCUCAAUUGAAACCAGUGUACAUUUUACAAGUGAUGAAAAGAAGAAGGUAUUGACAAGACCUUGCAUGUGGAAUGGAAUGAAGCGACCUUGCUACUUGUUUGCAAGAAAGUUUUAUCCAGAAACAUUGGACAAUUUGAUGCACCUUUUCUCUAAUUAUACAUCUAUUUAAACACUGUUCUGUAAAUCAUUCUUUGGCGAGGACAACAGUAACUGAUUCAUCCCUCACCCUGAAUUUGGUAUAUAAGUUAUGAGAAGUCUAGACAGUCCGUAGAAGUUACUGGAAUUAAGUUCACAAGAUGCGACCAAAUAGACUGCCUGCAUGGAGGUGUUCAGGCGAGUGAUCAAAAAAGCAACCACGUGGGCGAAUCGGCAACUAAUACUCCCUGGAUGAAGCAUAAUCAGCUGAGCUCCUAGUUGCUUGAGAAUGAGAAGUCCCCCUCCCCCCUCCGGCUCUGAACAUUCCCUCACUUUUCGACCCAAAAUCUACAAUUUUGUAAUGUGUCAGUCGAAGGAAUAAUUUUGUUUUCCGUGUAGCAAUGCAAGUGGUUUUGCUUUC